GGUCUGCCUCCCAGUGGAGGGUCGGACUGUGCGGUCUGUCUGACUGACGCCGCUUCUUUUCAUUUCGGUGGCGUGUUGUCUUUGUCGCCGUUUUUUUUAUUUCCCACUUUUCCCUUCAAAUUUAGUUUGUAUCAGAUCGGACACCAUGGGCAAAAAGGAAGAAGAGGACAUCAUAAGAAUCGCUAAGAAGAUGGAUAAGAUGGCGCAGAAGAAGAAUGGGGUGAGAUGUGUGAGGAGAAUGAAUGCUGGAGCCGCUGUGGAUGAUUUUGAUUGCUUUUUUAAAUUUAUGUGCUCGUCUCCACCACCUUGUGUUUCAGAUGACUAUAUUAAUAUCGGUGCUGAUUGUGAGGAACUUGGUGCACAGAUUGAGGAAUGCAUUUUCCAAGAGUUUAAAAACACAGACAUGAAGUACAAGAACCGUGUGCGGAGCCGGAUCUCGAACUUGAAGGAUGUGAAGAACCCAAAUUUAAGGAAGACUGUUUUAUGUGGGAGUGUAACGCCUGAGCGUAUGGCUAAGAUGACUGCAGAGGAAAUGGCAAGUGAUGAACUUAAAGAAAUUAGGAAGAAUUUGACCAAAGAAGCUGUCAGGGACCACCAAAUGGCCACCACUGGGGGCGUGCAGACUGACCUGUUCACAUGUGGCAAGUGCAAGGGAAAGAACUGCACCUAUACACAGGUUCAGACUCGCAGUGCUGAUGAACCAAUGACUACAUUUGUCUUCUGCCAGCAAUGUGGAAAUAGAUGGAAGUUUUGUUGAAUCUGCAAGUAUCAUCCUUGGCACUUCGAAAGUAGCAGAAUUUCUGGACCAGGUUUGUGUGUCAGCAGCAGAGUGGAGUUUUGUAUUCUGUGUAUGACGGCACACAGGAUGAUGUAUAAAGACGCCGCUGUGGCUACUGUUUAAUAACUAUGUCCAUAGAUUCAGCUCACUGUCCGUUCCUCCAAUCCUCAUUAAAUAAAGAAAAAACUCUUUUGCUAUUGUUUUUAGAUGUUUCUCACUGUCAGAUAUAUGCAUUUGUUGCCUUUUUCUUCAUUUUUUUAUAAGUAGUUUUUAACACUUUUAAUAAUGGUUUUGUUUUUUUGGUUUUACCUUACAGCAUUGCAUUGUUUUAUUUAAAUUUUCAAUAAAGUGUAAUCCAUUUGACUAGAAA